AUGGCCAAGUUCACCCCCGUCCUCCUCCUCUGCCUCUUGACCGCCGCGGCGGCCAGCCGCGUGUCCCUGCGCGAUCUGGGCAGUGCAGGCCGCAAGCUGCAAUCCGAUUCUCUGCGCAUCGUGUGGCGCCUGGGCAUCACCUACGAGACCAUCUACCUCGUCGUCGGGGACUCGGCGACCUUCAGGUGGGCUGGGGACGGCGAGCACAGCGUGGCGCUGGCUCCUGGGCCCGGCAUCUGCACUGGCCUGCGGGAAGUGAGCGAGGAUGGCGAGCAAGGGGAGUACACCGUCACCUUUGGCACGCCCGGGACUUUUGUCUACACCUCCGACGAGAACAACGACUGCGAGUCCGGCCUGGCCAUCGUCAUUGUGGUGGAGAGCGACGUGCUCCUCAUCCUCGGGGUCGGCCUGGCCACGGCCAAUGCCAUCUCCAUUCCCGGGCGCCAGCUGCUGGCAGAUUUCCCGGUGGACUGGAAACUCGGCACGGUGUACCCUCCUCUUAACAUUACUGUCGGCGACACGGUAAGCGUCCUAGAGUGCGGCAACUACACCCUUGUGAGCGACCCUCCCUCCUCCGACGGAAGCUUUUCCAAGACUUUUGACACCAAGGGAACCUUUUGGUAUGCUUGCUCCGUGGGGAGCCACUGUGAGGAUGGCCUGCGCAUUACAGUCUACGUGAAGUGA